AUGGUUUUGCAUCGCAUUUCUCUACCCCUUUUUUACACUCUGUUUAUUUUUGGGUACCUACAUUUUGAUACCGCACAGUCCAAGUUAAACAAUAUUACAAAUGAUGAAAACAAUUUUUUGGGCGGCUUCUUUGGAAGCAACGGCGGUCCUAUCGAUGGAUCUGUGAACGGUCCUAUCGAUGGCGGAAACGAUGACAGACCGAAGGACAAUGAUGAUGAGGAGAUGCCAGAUGACGUCGAGCAGGACGGAUCGGAGGAUGCCAUAGAGGCGACCACCCCUCCCGCCGACGAGGAAGGCAACAUGAACGACAUGAACAACAUGAACGAAAACAUGAAUGACAACAUGAAUGACAACAUGGAAGGCAACAUGAGCGACGUGGACGAAGCGAUAAUCCCCCAGGAGGAGAAGCCAGUGGAUUAUGGAGAUCCCGUUUUUCCCUCCACGAACUUCAGCCUCGGUGACGGCAUAGAAGUAACAUUCGUGCCUAGUGGAAGCGACGGCCUAAACGGGGAUAACACCGUCAUGGAAGUUGAUCACAUGGAAGUUGACCACAUGGAAGAAACGCCGUCACAGAUGAACAACAGCGGUAAUGAUGUUAAUGCCAAGGAGGACGAUGGUGCGGGUGAUGACGACGGUAACGAUGAUAAUGACGACAAUGAUAAUGAUGACAAUGAUAAUGAUGACAGUGAUAAUGAUGACAACGGCAAUGACGAUGAUGACGAUGAUGAUGAUGAUGAUAAUGAUGACAGUGACGAUGAUGACGACGAAACCAAUCAGGCGAAGAACGGAACGGAUAACCAGGACGUUACCGUCAUCCCACCCAUGACGAUGAACCUGCCCCUCCUGACCUUCACGCAUAAACACCCCAUGCAAGCGAAAAUGAACGCAAACAGAUCCUUUAGCAAUUUGUUCAACCUGUACCAUAAGACGACUCCACAGAUAGGCAAUGUAAAUUACUUCAGGAAGGAACUACAAAACGAAUUCGCCUUCAAAAAUGGACUGUAUUUUAGUGCCACCAGUGUGAAGGAGUACAACGAAAAAGUCGACCCGAGUAAACACGCCUACAUAAAGCUCCCCGACAACACAAUGAUCCUUGUUGUCACAGGAAAUAAGUUCUUCUUCCAAGAUUUAGUCUACUCAAAGAAUAAAUACAGUGCCAUAAAGAAGAAGUUUUCUUUCCUCAUGAAUAACAUGAUUAGCAAUUUAAAGAAAAAGUACUUUUUUAAAAACUACGAAUAUCAGUAUUUGUACAAAGAGGAUACUUUUGCUUAUGACCACACGAAGAGGUUACUCGACAUGGAGCUACUGGGAGAGCUUUCUCAAGUCACGCAAACCAUUUCUGUGGAUGAGGAAAAGAAGAGAAAAGUCAGCAUGCACAGAGUUUAUGGAGGAUGGUUUGACUUCCUCGGAAUAUUGGUGGUAAAUGGCUACAACAUGCAACCAACCGAAAGCGACCACAUGAAACAACGCAAGACAUCCUUAGACGUUGUGCCAAAACAUAUGCUGCAAGAGUUUAGGGAACUUGUGAUGAAGAAGCAUGAUGGGUAUGAAAAUGGCUAUGCCGUCGGAUUGUGGAGAGACUUCCCCAACGGAAAGUUCAUCCCAUGGAGGUACUCCGUGGAGUUGUUCCUGUGGGAUUUACUGAAUGUGCUGCCCCACGAGUUGCCACACCCAGCUAACUUGAUGAUGACCUACACGGGGAAUGGCAAAACGGAGGAGGAAGAUAAGAACAACCAGCAAAUGAGUGAAGAAUUGCAGGAGAAGGAAAUGCGCAAUGUGGACUACUCGACCAAUCAAACGGAGAAGCUUUCCAGAGAGGAGAUCCUCAACUGGCACCAGAUCAUACAGAACAAAAUUUCCUCCUACCCAGGAUUCGAAGUAAAAAUCAUCGCCGUUAAUGACUAUAUGAAGGCCAUCGGAUACAGCAACGAAAUCUUCGCUAGAUAUUAUAACGCCAAAAAUGGAAACGCAUACAUCUUCCUCAUAUUGCUAAAUAAGGACUUCUUCGUUGAUGAAUUUGUUGGAAAGGCAUCCAACCAUGAGGAGUACGUUCAGGAAAAACAAAAGUACUUUACCAUAAAGAUGAACGAAAUUUUGGAAAUAUUGGAGAAGCUUCUCGAAGAGUUAAAGGAGGCAUUGUUCCCAGAGGAUGACAAAACUAAACCAGUCAUUACGUUUUACAAUUACCUAGACGAUGAGCAGAAUUACGACAAACUGAACCCACAUAUCUUAGGAGAAAUUGCAGGAAUAACCAAACACUUAAAAUGUGAUCAACUGAGAAAUGGUGAUGACAACGAUGGUAGAUGCACCAAGGACGUUUCUUUACACCACAAGUACGGUGGAUGGUUUGAAUUCGCAGGGGCCAUUAGUGUGAAGAAUGUUAACUUCGUCCCCACCAAGUAUGAGAACCAUGGGGAAAUCAUACAGAAGAAAUAUGAGGAUGCUAUUCUGACGCAAGCCAACAGUAACAUCCAAGACUCAUGGUUGUGGAAAGAUCUACCUGAGAAGAACAUGGCCCAAUAUAGAUAUCCCUUCCAAGUGUUCACCUUAGAAAACCCCCAGUUUAAUAUUCUGAACAUGAAGGAAAUGCACCCAUUUAUUGUGGUGGAUAUUCUGAACAAGGGUCUGCAAGCUUUGAAGGUCCAAUCGAAGCGACAGAGAAACGCAACCGUGGAGGAGGAGGAAGAAGGACAGGUCGUCACGAGCAAUUAUGACGCAAGCAGCAACCACCAUGACAGUGGUGACAACUCCUUUUCGGCUAACCAGACCAAUUUUAACCACAUCGAUGGGGAAUACAUGAUGAAGGAUGAAGUGGAAGGCGCUUCCGAAAUGUCAACCAGUGUAGACACCGAUAUUGAUGGCGACGCCGAAACGGAAGAUAUUGAUGAGAACGAGUACAUUACUGAAAACGCUGAUCCAGACGAAAACAGUGACGCCGAGGAGGCAGAAUACACAGAAGACAAAUACAACGAAGAGGAAGAAAUCGAUGACAGUGAAUACGUCGAGGUGAAUGAAGGACUCUCUUCCAAUCCAGCCACGCAGCCAAUCCCCCAAGUUGAAUACCAAACUGAGGGAAGCAUCAACCAAGGAACACUAAACAACAAUGACACCGUCAGAACGGCGGAAAAGAAUCACCCAGAGAAUAACCACCAGGAGAGCAUCCUCUUCAGAGACAUCACCAAAAAUUAUGAAGACAACGAAACGCUUGGCGGAAGCAAAAGAGAUGGAAGCGACGUGAUGAAAGCAGGCCCCUUUAGUAUUACUGGAGGUUUGCAAGCAGUGACCGACCUGGUCAACAAGCACCUUGGCACUGGAAAAAGAAGAAACGGAAAUGACGACAUGCACAAUGUUGCUAAUAGGGAUGGCAAUGAUGAUAAUGACGAUGGUGACGACGACGACAUCUACAAUGAGAUUUGCAAAAGUGGAAAGAAGGAUGACAAAGACGGGGACGAUGACGAUGAUGAUGAUGAUGAUGAUGACGAUGAUGAUGAAGACGACGAUGAUGACAACGAUGAAGGAAACAAUCUUGCCACGAGUAAAUACCAACAGAAUAAUAAGUUCAGUGCACACGUCCCUGCAGACUUCAAGUCAAAGGCAUACCUAUUCAUCGUCGUGUGCUUAGUCCUCAUUUGCAUUGCCCUCGUUGUGAGCAUUGCCAUGAGAUUGUACGAGAUGCUCAUGAAAAGAAAAAUCGUCGAUAUGAACCGAACUGUCUUGUCCUUCAAGGACCGCGAAGACAUCCCAGUGGUGCAGGGCAUCCCCGCCCCAUGGAUGAAUGCCUAA